CGGCUGAGCCUUGCGGAGCCCGGGACUCCUCCGCUGCCGGAAGUGACGAUUUCACCUGCCGAGCGGGGCGGGGUGAGGCUGCGGUGCUGAGGUGCGGCAGCUGGCAGCCAGUCGGGAGCGCGCCGGGCGCCGGGAGACUCGGACUCCGGGCGAGAGCCCCCCACCUGCAGUCGCCGCCCACCCCCGGGCCGCCACCAUGGCGCUUCUGCUGCGCUUGCUGCUCCUGUGCGGAGCCGCCGAUGUGACCAGCAGUUUGAGUAUCACCAGUCCUGAACACAUGAUUGAAAAGGCCAAAGGGGAAACCGCCUAUUUGCCAUGCAAAUUCACCGAGAGUCCAGAAGACCAGGGUCCACUGGACAUUGAGUGGCUGCUAUCACCAGCUGAUAAUCAGAAGGUGGAUCAAGUGAUUAUCAUAUAUUCUGGUGACAAAAUUUAUGAUGACUACUAUCAAGAUCUAAAAGGACGAGUGCAUUUUACAAGCAGCGAUGUCAAAUCUGGUGACGCAUCGAUAAACGUAACAAAUUUACAGUUGUCGGAUAUCGGCACAUACCAGUGCAAAGUGAAAAAAGCCCCUGGGGUUGGAAAUAAGAAGAUUCAGCUGGCAGUUCUUGUUAAGCCUUCGGGUACAAGAUGUUACGUUGAUGGAUCAGAAGAAAUUGGAAAUGACUUUAAACUGAAAUGUGAACCCAAGGAAGGCUCGCUUCCGUUACUGUAUGAAUGGCAAAAAUUGUCCAACUCACAGAAACUGCCCCCAGCGUUGGUAACAGAAAUGACGUCACCGGUUAUAUCGGUAAAAAACGCCACUACCGAGUACUCCGGGGUGUACAGUUGUACAGUCCGCAACAGAGUGGGCUCUGAUCAGUGCGAGCUGCGCCUGGACGUUGUGCCUCCUUCAAAUAAAGCUGGGACAAUUGCAGGAGCUAUUAUAGGAACUUUGCUUGCGCUAGCGAUCAUCGGUCUGAUCAUCUUUUGCUGUCGUAAAAAGCACAGAGAGAAAAAAUAUGAAAAGGAAGUUCAUCAUGAUAUCAGGGAAGACGUGCCUCCUCCCAAGAGCCGGACGUCCACUGCCAGAAGCUACAUGGGCAGCAACCACUCAUCCCUGGGGUCCAUGUCUCCUUCCAACAUGGAAGGCUAUUCCAAGACUCAGUAUAACCAAGUACCAAGCGAAGAUUUUGACCGCGCCCCUCAGAGCCCGACUCUCCCACCUGCUAAGGUAGCUGCCCCUAAUCUCAGUAGGAUGGGAGCGGUGCCUGUGAUGAUUCCAGCACAGAGCAAGGACGGGUCGAUAGUAUAGCACCUCUGUGCCUUCCAUCGCUGCGCUCCAUGCCGCUCUUCUCCUUUCAACAUAGGAAAACCUGUUCUGUUCCAAAUGUCGCUACCAGCCUCAGUAGAUCAAAAAGUGAACCAGAAACUGCAGGAAGUACCUUUCAAAAAGUUUUGUGUGGUUACAUCAAAAUAGUAAAGGCAUGAAAGCUACUAAAGACAAAUUUGCCAUCUGAAAAAGAUUUCCUUGAAGAGAUUGACUUUGUAGGUUUCUAAAUAUCAAUGGUUAGUAAGAUGUAGCACUUUGGAUAUGAAAUCAUAGAGGAAGAAAUUGGUGAACUUUCGUGCACACCAAGUUGAUACUUGAAUCAUCUGAAAGUAGUGCUUUAUUAUUUCUACCAUUAUCUUUAGGAUCCCUUUCUCAAUUUAUGACUGAAAAUUGGUAAAGAUAGUUCAUGACAAAAACUCUUAUAUACCUUUAUGUUUGUUCUUGUUUUUAUAGCUUCUUGGAAAACUCUGAAGAUGUUUGAAAUAGCUCUAAUAACAUAAAAAAACAUUACAGUGUUCUAAAAAUGACUAGUUUACUUUUCAAGUCAUUCAUAAGCCUUGUUUAUGAAAUGACUUGUUAAGUAUUUGAUUGAUAGACUGCUCCAGGCAACAGAGGUGUAGUGAGCUCUUUUAUAUGCUAAAACAAAGGAGUGUCUGCGAAUUUAUCUAGAAAAUUUGCUGUCAGCUACACAGAGCAGUGACACUAGGAGUUCAAUAGCAAGGAUGGAUUUCGGGGAUGAGUGAUCAAUACCUGAAGGUUUGUGGUCAGAAUGGUGACCAGCCAGAUCAAGGACGGAGUAUUUUGCAGCUCCCAAACUAAGUGCUGGUUCUCUGCUUUAGGUCAUAUUUUUCUAAUAAGAAAAAAUUAUAACUCAUUUAUUGUUUGACAGGUAACAGGUUGAAAUUCCCUAAUUAUUGGUUCCAAAUUUUAAAAGGUUUUUACUGGUUCGGCAUUUUGUUGCUGUUUUUGGAUGGUGUUGCAUGUUGUGUGUUCUAGAAAACUGUAAUUCCAAAUUUGCCUUCCUGAAUGCAGUUCCUGGAGGAUGUUUUCUUCAUAGACUUAGGACAACGAAAGACUUUUAGGCUAGUGUCCUCCGUCAGUUCUGUAUUCCAGACGUGGAGGGUGUGCAGUUGCUAUUGUGUGGCCAACAUGUCUUGGUGUGGUUGCAGAAAAUCAAGUUGAGCUUUGAAAAGUUUGAGUCUUAGUUUUGUGCAAGUGAUUUAUUCUUUAAGAAAAAAAAAGAAGGAAAUGAAAGGAAAAGGAGUAAAAAGAAUACUCCUAACUGCCAAAUGUGUUAAAUACUGUUUUAGUAGAAGAAAGUGAAUUUAUUGUAUUUCCCUUAAGAUUGUGAGGGAGUGUGGAUAUAGUAGCAUGAGCCAACAAUUUCUUUGUAGUAAAUGAGGUCUGCAAUAAAUUAUUUCACUAGCUCUAAAAGCCUUUCCCUAGAUUUUUUAGGGAUUUGGUUUCUGUUCAUCUUUUUGGGUGCUGUGGUGGCUCAUGCUGUAUUAUAAAUUAAUGUUGGCAUGAAUUUAUGACUAGGAAGAGUAUUAUGUACAUUUUUAAUGGUAAAUUUAAGCUGAAUGCCUGUGUAAUGGAUUAGUGUAUAGUUUUACAUAUACGGAAGCAUUUUUUAAAAUAGAUUUUUAGCCUUACGUAAUAAUGGUUUUCUACUUGGUGUUAACAUUUUCAUUUGUGCCUUUUGGGUAAUUUAAUUUUUAUUAUGAAUUUCUGGUGCCUAUGAGCUAGCUAUCACCUGAGAGGUGCUUAGAGGUGAAGGUACUGUUCCUAAAAGCGCAUCACUGUGACCCCUUUCUGUCCUCACACUUUCAGUUUGCCUCCUCUUUCCUGUUCUUCCUGGAUGCAAGUUAACAGAUCGUGUUAUUUACAAGGAUUUUAAAAUUUCAACACCCCUAACACUCUUUUACUGUGUUUCUGAUUUUAUAACAGUAACUAUUUUUGCACUCCAGAUGUCUGGUCUGUUUUGUAUAAAUAAAUUUAUAUAAUAGUGUAAGAAAUAACAGCACAAACUUUCAUAGACAACUUUUGGCCUUUUCUAUUAGUUUUCAUGUAAUGAAGAUUGUGCUAUCAAUGUAAGUAGAAAUUACUACAAAAAAAAUGGACAUAUGUAAGGCUUCCCUGGCCUUAGAUUUCAUAGUUGGCCUAGGAUUUAGCUAUAAGUAUGUCAGAUUCUCUUCCAGAAGCACUUUUAGUUCAGGUCCAUACCAGCUAUACCUUGAGAAAUAUGCUUAUAAAAACCAGUUAUGGAACCUGAAGAGACCUACUGGGCAUGGUGAGGUUUAAAGGACAGAAUUAAGUUUUAAACUAUGUCUUCAGCUACUCUCAUUGUAAAUUUCAGUUAAUCCGAAAGUCAGAGAGUUCUGAUUGACUUCUUAAGUAAUUCUCACUGAUAUUUUCAGUUGAACCAGAGAUCGAAUAUUUGUUCUAGAAUUGUGACCGGUAAUCAAGUGACUCAACAAAAAUUGUUAUUCAAGCAUUUCUGUUAGAGUUUAACAUCAUCAGUCAAGGGUGACACUGCAUCUUUGAGGCAACCUAAGAGAUUCGACAGCAUCUUGUUGAGUCACACAGGAUAACUUGAAGGGAUACCAUAAAAGAUGUAGUUCUGUGCUUUGAAUGUAUGGUUUGCAGGUAUUCAUUUUCUUAUUGGCAACUUUACCUAAUAUUCUCAUUAGAAGGAAAACUCAAAACAACACAAAACCCUGCCAUGGAAUUGUUACAAUGGAAACACAGCCAAAGUGUGUCUUAGGGGGAGGUUAAUGAAACACAAUUAGAUUAUUGGUAUGAAUUAAUGUCUGAUUUUUAUUAAAAUGAUCAUUUUCAAGAUUGAGUAUUGUAAAUUAGGAGUAAGUGAAGGGGCAAGAAAACAUCUUGAUUAAAUAUAAAAAGAAUUCAUUGCAUGAAGUUGGAUAUCAAAUUCUGUAACGUAUGGCUUUUUGAAAUAACCAUUCUCUGUCUCUUUCUGUGAGUGCAGCAUGUAAAUUUGAAGUUAUAUGAAUGUGUAAAGUUUUUCCUGAUUUCUUCUCAUCUCCACAGUGUUUAGGGCCUUCAGAUGCCUUAUUCCAGUGUGAACAGAAAAAGCCCAUAUCACGUGGUUAAUGCUUUGAUGUGUCAUGUGAAGAGUAGUUUGCAGAAAAUGUUGGCACCGUUUCUACCCUUAGUGACUUGUGAUGUUAUAUUAUUAUAUAUAUAUAUGUACAUAAAUCUUUGUAAUAUUCUGUGGUUAGUAUAAAUGUUCUGGGCAAGUUUUAAUAUUUCAAAUGCCUUUCAAAUGCCUUUGGAUAUUCUUGCAAUAAAGGCAACAUGUUCUGCAGUUGGAUUUUUUGUUGUUUGCCUGUUCUGGCACUAAAAUAUGGUCCAUAACUGAACACAAGUUCUACUGAUUAAUGUUAUAGAAGCAGGGAAGAAUAACAAAUUUGUGAAUUGCAGUUCUGUGUACCUUAUGGAUAGUAACACCAGCAAGUAUUUGAUCUUAUGGAUAGUAACACCAGCAAAUAUUUGCUGCCUCUGGCUUCUCACUGUGAAUUAAAAUCAAGUUUUACGAAAUAGCCUCUUCUGUAAUUUAAGAGUGUGGAGAAUAUCUCUUGGGUUUGCUUUGUUCAAGAACACUAAAAUCUCCAAUCAAGGAAGAUUUGGUGUUUUCUACUUUGAAUAACACAAGCAUUAAGAGAACCACAAUUCACUGAUGCACUUAUUCUCAUCCCUAACUGUGAAUUUUUGUAAUAAAUACACUUGUACUACUGAGAAAAAUAUUUUGACACUUCAUAUAUGCAAAUAGAGAAUUGAUAGUGUCAGUAUCAAAAAUGCUUUUUGUAUUUAAAGUUUCUGGCUUAAAUAUCCAAUGGUGCAGCAGAUUGUGAAAUUUGUAAGAACAAAAUUUGGUUAAAAAAGCAAGAACUUGCUCUAGUUUUGUGACCUUGUGUACUUUUAAAAUAAAAUCAAGAAAGUA